AUGGCAGCAUCCAAGAAGAACCCGGCCAUGAUAGAGCAAGUCAAGCUCAGCCAAGUCUCCGUCCCUUGGUGCGAUGAAUUCGAAAAGAUGAUAUCGGGCUUAUAUUUCAGCGCAGCAAAGUCCGACCUGAUGCAAGACCACAAACUCGAAAUCAUGAGAAAACUAGUCUCUUACAACGAUCUCCCCAUCCCAGAACAUAGCACAAUCAAGUACUUAAAGCAACACCGUGUGCAAAUAUUAGCUCAGAUGAUGGGUAAACUCGGUUCAAGCGUCAAUAUCGAAGCUCCGUUCUACUGCAUCUGGGGAUGUAACACCUUCAUUGGAGAUGGAGUUUAUAUGAAUCGCGAAGUCACAAUCCACGAUAACGCACCAGUACACAUCGGCAACAAUGUCUUGAUCGGCCCCGGAGUCUGUAUCAUGACCGGAACUCAUGAUACAGACCCGGUGGUUCGAAAGGAAAGUGGUGCUUCGUUUGCAUACCCGAUUGUAAUUGAGGAUGAUUGCUGGAUUGGGAUAAGAGUUACGAUUCUACCUGGUGUUAGGAUUGGGAAGGGGACGACUAUUGCUGCUGGUGCUGUUGUGAUUAAAGAUAUUGAA